GGUGGGCCGAGGGGCCGGUCACGGGAAGUGCGACGUGUCCGCGGCCUCUUAUAGCAGCUCCGGCCCGGGCCGCCGCAGCCGCCGCCAGCAUGUCCGCAGCCGAGCAGCGCAGCACGGGAAGCCAGCAGAAAUCCACCAACGUCGUCUAUCAGGCGCACCACGUGAGCAGGAACAAGCGAGGACAGGUGGUCGGCACCAGGGGCGGAUUCCGAGGAUGCACGGUGUGGCUGACGGGUCUCUCUGGUGCUGGAAAAACCACAAUAAGUUUUGCCCUGGAAGAGUACCUGGUGUCCCACGCCAUCCCGUGCUACUCCCUCGAUGGGGACAACGUCCGGCACGGCCUUAACAAAAACCUCGGAUUCUCCCCCGGGGACAGAGAGGAGAACAUCCGCCGGAUUGCCGAGGUGGCCAAGCUGUUUGCUGAUGCUGGUCUGGUCUGCAUCACCAGCUUCAUUUCUCCUUUCGCGAAGGACCGUGAGAACGCCCGCAAAAUCCACGAAUCGGCAGGGCUGCCGUUCUUUGAAAUAUUCGUCGAUGCGCCUCUAAACAUCUGUGAGAGCAGAGACGUGAAAGGCCUCUACAAACGGGCCCGCGCCGGAGAGAUCAAAGGGUUUACGGGUAUUGAUUCUGAUUAUGAGAAACCCGAAACUCCCGAGCUUGUGCUUAAAACCAACCUGUCCUCAGUGAGUGACUGUGUCCAGCAGGUGGUGGAGCUCCUGCAAGAGCAGAACAUCGUACCGCACACUGUAAUGAAAGGCAUCCAUGAACUCUUCGUGCCUGAAAACAAGCUUGACCAGGUCCGAGCUGAGGCCGAGGCGCUGCCUUCCCUAGCAAUUACCAAGCUGGAUCUUCAGUGGGUCCAGGUGUUGAGCGAAGGCUGGGCCACUCCCCUCCGGGGGUUCAUGCGGGAGAAGGAGUACCUGCAGGCCAUCCACUUCGACACCCUGCUGGACGGCAUGGCCCUUCCUGAUGGGGUGAUCAACAUGAGCAUCCCCAUCGUACUGCCCGUGUCUGCGGACGACAAGACGCGGCUGGAGGGGUGCAGCGAGUUUGUCCUGACGUACGAGGGACGGCGAGUGGCUAUCUUACGGGACCCCGAGUUCUACGAACACAGGAAGGAGGAGCGGUGUUCCCGCGUGUGGGGGACGAUGUGUGCGAAACACCCGCAUAUCAAGAUGGUGAUGGAAAGUGGGGAUUGGCUGGUUGGUGGAGACCUGCAGGUGCUGGAGAGAAUACGCUGGAACGAUGGGCUGGACCAGUACCGCCUGACGCCCCUGGAGCUCAAGCAGAAGUGUAAAGAGAUGAACGCCGAUGCGGUGUUCGCCUUCCAGCUGCGCAACCCCGUGCACAACGGGCACGCCCUGCUCAUGCAGGACACGCGCCGCAGGCUCCUGGACCGGGGCUACAAGCAGCCCGUGCUCCUGCUGCACCCGCUGGGCGGCUGGACCAAGGACGACGACGUGCCCCUCGAGUGGCGCAUGAAGCAGCACGCGGCCGUCCUGGAGGAGGGCGUCCUGGACCCCUCGUCCACCAUCGUGGCCAUCUUCCCGUCGCCGAUGCUGUACGCCGGCCCCACGGAGGUCCAGUGGCACUGCAGGUCCCGGAUGAUUGCAGGGGUGAACUUCUAUAUCGUGGGCCGGGACCCCGCAGGGAUGCCGCACCCCGAGACUAAGAAAGACCUGUACGAGCCCAGCCACGGGGGCAAGGUCCUGAGCAUGGCCCCUGGCCUGACCUCCGUGGAAAUCAUCCCGUUCCGGGUGGCGGCCUACAACAAAGCCAAGAAGGCCAUGGACUUCUACGACCCGGCGAGGCACAACGAGUUCGACUUCAUCUCGGGGACGCGGAUGAGGAAGCUGGCGCGGGAAGGCGAGAACCCCCCCGACGGCUUCAUGGCGCCCAAGGCCUGGAAGGUGCUGACCGACUACUACGGCUCCCUGGAGAAGCGCGACUGAGGCGCCGGGCCGCGCCCUCUUCCCGCCGCCCUGGCCCCCCCAUUUCUGUGAUUAGACGCUCUGUGCACAACGGCUUCGCGGUGGCUGAUUGCGGGUUUUAGGAUGAGCUAGAGAUCGUCUGCUAAUUUAGGGCCGGCCCCAGAGAGACGAGGGUGGGACGGAGCCCCCGGAGCAGGGCAGGCCGGGGCGGGAGCCCUGCAGGGCCAGCCGCCGUGUGUCCCCUACGGCGCGGGCCUCGGCGGGUCCCCGGUUUCCUUAAAGCCCUGGUGGCCAACACGCCAAGCGUAUGUCGGGCCGUGCCCACGGCCACAGCGGAGCCCAUCCGCCCAACCUCCCGUGUCCAGGUGACCGAGGGCAAAGGGCCGUUCUCCGCCCUACGCGGGGUGUGGCUCCUGGGGGGGCUCCGCCUCCCACGGCCCGUGCCCGGGCUCCCAGGGCCCAGCCGCUGAGCACGUUGCACAAACUCAGUUGGUGUCAUGAGGAAGUUCUGGUGGCCCCGAGGAGCUUGGUCCCCAGCCUGGUGCUGCGUCUACACCGUGCAGCACAGGGGCCGCCCCCGCCCCCGCCCCGGCCCCCGCUGCUUAGCCAAGCUCCUUGCACACCAGGCCCGUACCCAGCAGUCUCUUGGAGGCCGCAGGCCCAGAGUCCCUGACCCUGCUGACCUCGCUGCUCCAAAGACUCCCGCGGUGCCCACAGCUAACGUCCUUGGCUGCACCUCCUGGCGGGUGCCCCCCGGCCCUGAUCCCGAUUCCUCGCUGCGGAGAACAUGUGAGGACACUGUAGCCUUGUAGCUGGGUCUCUCUGGAAGAGACAAACUGCAAAGAGAAAACUGUGAUUUUUGUCAUAUUCUCAGUUAAAAACAAAACAAAAAAAACACUGAUCUUAGCUAAUGAAAGCUCUUCUGGAAAUCAAUGACACACAACGGCCACAGCAGCGCACGACUGCCUCUCCCAGUCCAGUCGGGCCCCUCGGAGGCCUCACUGCCGUUUUAGAGAACAGCGUAUUUAUUGAAACCAUGAGAAGGGACAAAGUGCCUUAAUCGAUAUAUUUUGUGAUUUUUUAAAGAUCUAUUUAAAACUGCUUUUCUGCUCUUCAUACCGCACUUAGUGCAAAUGACUAUUUCUCUGUACCAGUGAUGCUUCUGUUUUAAUAAAUGCCUCAAAAUGAAA